AUGCCCUUAGGCACCCGUCUUAUCACACUACAUAUAGUGGAAGCCGCCUUAGAUGUUCAUAUCUCCAUUAAUAUUAAUAAUAUUUUCAGGUUCAUGUCUCAAGUCAAUAUGCCUUCUUUGCUAGAUAUACCCACAGAGCUUCGCGAGGCCAUUAUCCGGCAGACAUCGACUACUCGGCAUGGCGGAAUAGUCCGCACGGAAUCUAUCACGAACAACGCAGCAUGCACUGUCCCUCUAACUGUAUAUCACUCCUCUUGACCAAUCAACAACUAUCUGCAGAGACAAGGACAGUCAUUGACCGCAUGAAAUCAACAACCUACGUUCUAGACGUCUCUGUUUUGAAUGACAUGGAUCUUUUUCCUACCUGGCUAUCGGUUCCAUAUAUCACAAAACGGGUGUCCACACUCUACGCGGAUGUACGUCUCUUUGGCCAUAUCAUCUCAGAAGAAGUAGCCCGUCGCCAAGUUGGUGAUGGAGGCAACUUAGGAUUUCACUGGAGCUUUUAUGCCUUGUUGGAGCGAUUUCUCCGAUAUGGGCCAGUCGGUGAAAAGAAAGAAACGUCCGGUAGACCCAAGCCACAAUUUAGGAAUCUAACCUUCGACGAUUAUGACGUGACCGUUAAGUUACUUGUUCUUAACUUCAAGUCUGCGGAGCCUGAACUAUCGUUUCCGCCGGAUACGGUUACUUAUCAGGAAUGGAUAUCUCACCAUUUCACGCAUUUUCUAACUCGAAAUCGCUUUCAAACUGAUAUUGAUCUCGAAAGGUAUACCACCCGCCCGGAGUGGCCUUCCACAUUCCUUGUAUCUGAGAUCCAUUCAAUUCUUUGUAUGAGUUAUCAUACUGCGUUUUACGGAAAAGAGCUCUAUGAACGGAUUGGAACCAUUCGCAUACUUGUGGAUGGGGAUUUGAAGCAUGAGUUUGACCUCGCGAGUAUGCUCGCUAGUUUGCGGUUUACUAGCCCGUCGGAGACGUUUGGUCAUGUAAGCGCUGAAAAGCGAAUACCUGCAUUUUGGAACUGGAAGAAGCAGACACUCGCCAGGCGGGACCAACUAGGAUUUCCUGUUGUUUGGCCCGAAGACCCAGAGUUAGCAUGAGAAUGUAAAUACCCUAGGCACAUAUAAGUCGCCUCACUCUUGGACGCGACACGACGAUAUUUAGAUAGCUGCAAAAAUCUGGCGAAGAGUAGCGGACAGAUAAGAAGAGAACAAGAAGGAUCUGGA